UCGGGCAGAGGGGCGAGGACCGAGCGCCCAAGGCUAGGAGAGACGCUGGCCCUGGGCUUCCCAGCCCCGCCUCACCUCGCUUUUAGAACUCCGCGACCCGCGCGCAAGGCUUAAGCACAUAAAGCAGUCACUGUGAAGAAAAUAACAUUUUAAGAAACUUUUCUGUCACAAUUGAUAGAGGAAAAGCCAGCAGAGAAGUGCAUCUUCUUGUGUGUGUAUCUCAUCGUGCCACUUUUUGUAACUCAACUUAGUAAUGAAGCCACCAUUAUGUCCUCAGUCAGUGAAGUAAAUGUGGAUAUAAAAGAUUUCCUAAUGAGCAUUAAUUUGGAGCAGUAUCUCUUACAUUUCCAUGAGUCUGGUUUUACUACUGUGAAGGACUGUGCAGCAAUAAAUGACAGCCUGCUACAGAAAAUUGGAAUAUCACCUACAGGUCACCGUAGGAGGAUACUUAAACAGUUGCAGAUAAUCUUGUCAAAAAUGCAAGAUUUUCCAAUAUAUGCAAAUGUUCAUAAAACAAAGAAGAAUGAUGACCCUUCAAAGGAUCACAAUGUUCCAUCUUCUGAUCAGAAUAUCUGCAUAGAACUUUCCAGUUCUAGCAGUGUUCAGAUGCCUAGCCCACCGCAGUUGGAGACUGUUACAAAAAAACUUGAAGACGAUGCAAGUGUGGAAAGAAGCCAGUAUCCUCAAUCAGAUAAUAAGCUGUCUCCUCCUAAACGCGACUUUCCCACUGCAGAAGAACCACACCUGAAUUUGGGUUCUUUGAAUAAUUCUUUAUUUGGUAGUGAAAAUAUUAAAAUAGAAUCUUUGAUUACAAAGAAGACUAUGGAUCACACAAUUGAAGAACAACAAACAGAAAAAGUUAAAUUGAUCUCAGAAAAUCUCAAUAAGCUCCCUAACGCAGACUCUGAAUGCCUUUCUUCUGUUGGCUGUUCAACAUCAGAAACGAAUUCUAGAAAUGGAACAAAUGGUUUAUUAGACGGAUCACCACCAUCCCCAUUCUUUAAGUUUCAAGGAGAAAUGAUUGUAAAUGACUUGUAUGUUCCAUCAUCACCAAUCCUAGCACCUAUGAGAAGUCGUAGCAAGUUGGUUUCAAGACCAUCUCGAUCUUUUCUGCUAAGACAUCGGCCUGUACCAGAGAUUCCAGGGUCAACAAAAGGAAUUUCUGGGAGCUAUUUUCGUGAAAGAAGAAAUGUUGCUACCUCAACUGAAAAAUCUGUGGCAUGGCAAAAUUCAAAUGAGGAGAAUUCAUCUUCCAUCUUUCCUUAUGGAGAGACCUUUCUCUUCCAGAGACUAGAAAAUUCCAAGAAGCGAUCUAUAAAGAAUGAAUUUUUGACCCAGGAAGAAGCACUCAAAGGGGAAGCAACUACUGCAACGAACUCUUUUAUCAUCAAAUCAAGCAUAUAUGAUAACAGAAAGGAGAAAAUAAGUGAGGACAAGGUGGAAGAUAUUUGGAUACCUCGAGAGGACAAAAACAAUUUUUUGAUAGACACUGCUUCUGAAUCAGAAUACUCAACAGUAGAAGAAUGCUUUCAGAGUUUAAGAAGAAAAAAUUCAAAGGCAUCUAAAUCUAGGACUCAAAAAGCAUUGACUUUGGACUCCGUUAAUAGGCACAGUUAUCCAUUAAGCUCAACAAGUGGAAAUGCUGAUUCAUCAGCUGUUUCUUCACAGGCAAUAUCUCCCUAUGCCUGCUUUUAUGGAGCAUCUGUAAAGAAGGUUAAAUCGGGAUGGCUGGAUAAACUCUCUCCUCAAGGAAAACGCAUGUUUCAGAAGAGAUGGGUGAAAUUUGAUGGCCUUAGCAUUUCUUACUACAAUAAUGAGAAGGAGAUGUAUUCAAAAGGAAUAAUUCCCCUUUCUGCUAUAUCAACAGUACGAGUUCAAGGAGACAACAAAUUUGAAGUUGUUACAACACAAAGAACUUUUGUUUUUAGAGUAGAAAAAGAAGAGGAGAGAAAUGACUGGAUCAGCAUACUAUUAAAUGCACUGAAAUCACAAUCCCUUACCUCACAGUCUCAAGGCGUUGUUACACCUGAGAAAUGUGGAUAUCUUGAAUUGAGAGGCUAUAAGGCAAAAAUUUUUACUGUGUUAAGUGGAAACAGUGUGUGGCUUUGCAAAAACGAACAGGAUUUUAAGAGUGGACUUGGUAUUACCAUAAUUCCUAUGAAUGUAGCAAAUGUAAAACAAGUGGACCGAACUGUGAAACAGUCUUUUGAAAUAAUCACUCCCUAUAGGAGUUUCAGCUUUACAGCCGAGACUGAAAAAGAGAAACAAGACUGGAUUGAAGCUGUGCAGCAAUCAAUAGCAGAAACUCUCUCUGAUUAUGAAGUAGCUGAGAAGAUUUGGUUCAAUGAAUCCAACAGAAGCUGUGCAGAUUGUAAAGCCCCGGAUCCUGACUGGGCAUCCAUCAAUCUCUGUGUUGUCAUCUGUAAGAAGUGUGCAGGCCAGCAUAGAUCUUUGGGACCAAAAGAUUCCAAGGUUAGAAGUCUGAAAAUGGAUGCUAGCAUUUGGAGCAAUGAACUCAUCGAGCUUUUUAUUGUCAUUGGAAACAAAAGAGCAAAUGACUUUUGGGCUGGUAAUCUUCAAAAGGAUGAAGAAUUACAUAUGGACUCACCAGUAGAAAAGAGAAAAAACUUUAUUACUCAGAAAUAUAAAGAAGGAAAAUUCAGAAAAACCCUUUUGGCAUCUCUCACUAAAGAAGAAUUAAAUAAGGCUCUGUGUGCUGCUGUAGUGAAACCAGAUGUUCUAGAAACAAUGGCUUUGCUGUUCAGUGGAGCAGAUGUCAUGUGUGCCACUGGAGACCCCGUGCAUAGCACCCCCUAUCUGCUAGCCAAGAAGGCUGGGCAAAGUCUGCAAAUGGAAUUUCUCUACCAUAACAAAUUCUCAGAUUUCCCUCAACACGAUAUUCAUUCCGAAGGUGUAUUAAGUCAAGAGUCUUCCCAGUCCACAUUCCUCUGCGACUUUUUGUAUCAAGCUCCUUCUGCUGCUUCUAAACUCUCUUCAGAGAAAAAACUGCUUGAAGAGACAAAUAAAAAAUGGUGUGUUUUGGAAGGAGGCUUCUUGAGUUACUAUGAAAGUGAUAAGUCUACCACACCUAAUGGCACCAUUAAUAUCAAUGAAGUUAUCUGCCUGGCUAUACACAAAGAGGACUUCUAUUUAAAUACUGGGCCCAUCUUUAUCUUUGAGAUCUACCUACCCUCAGAACGUGUGUUUUUAUUUGGAGCUGAAACAUCUCAAGCUCAAAGAAAAUGGACAGAGGCAAUAGCCAAGCAUUUUGUUCCCUUAUUUGCUGAAAACUUAACAGAAGCUGACUAUGAUUUGAUUGGUCAACUCUUCUACAAAGACUGCCAUGCCCUGGAUCAGUGGAGAAAAGGCUGGUUUGCUAUGGACAAAUCCAGUUUGCAUUUUUGCCUUCAAAUGCAAGAAGUUCAGGGAGAUAGAAUGCACUUAAGAAGACUGCAGGAGCUAACAAUCAGCACAAUGGUUCAAAAUGGGGAAAAACUGGAUGUCUUACUCUUGGUAGAAAAAGGGAGAACAUUAUACAUCCAUGGGCAUACCAAGUUGGAUUUCACAGUCUGGCAUACUGCAAUUGAAAAAGCAGCAGGUACAGAUGGUAAUGCUUUACAAGAUCAGCAGCUCAGCAAAAAUGACGUUCCCAUUAUAGUGAACAGCUGUAUAGCAUUUGUUACACAGUAUGGUUUAGGAUGUAAAUAUAUCUAUCAGAAGAAUGGUGAUCCUUUGCAUAUAAGUGAACUCCUGGAGAGUUUCAAAAAGGAUGCAAGAAGCUUUAAAUUGAGGGCUGGAAAACAUCAGCUUGAAGAUGUGACGGGUGUGUUGAAAAGUUUUCUCUCUGACAUUGAUGAUGCACUGCUUACCAAGGAGCUCUACCCAUACUGGAUCUCUGCUUUAGAUGCGCAAGAUGACAAGGAAAGAAUUAAAAAAUAUGGAGCAUUUAUACGUUCUCUUCCAGGGGUCAACCGAGCAACAUUAGCAGCUAUCAUUGAACACCUGUAUAGGGUUCAGAAAUGCUCAGAAAUCAAUCACAUGAAUGCCCAUAAUUUGGCCUUGGUCUUUUCAUCCUGUUUGUUUCAAACGAAGGGACAAACUAGUGAAGAAGUGAAUGUAAUUGAGGACCUAAUUAAUAAUUAUGUAGAAAUAUUUGAGGUUAAAGAAGAUCAAGUCAAACAAAUGGACAUAGAAAAUAGCUUUAUUACCAAGUGGAAAGACACCCAAGUUUCCCAGGCUGGAGAUUUGUUAAUUGAAGUAUAUGUAGAAAGGAAGGAACCUGACUGUAGUAUUAUAAUUCGGAUAUCUCCUGUGAUGGAAGCAGAAGAAUUAACUAAUGAUAUAUUAGCAAUAAAAAAUAUUAUUCCUACAAAAGGUGAUAUUUGGGCCACAUUUGAAGUCAUUGAAAAUGAAGAGCUAGAGCGUCCUCUUCACUACAAGGAAAAUGUACUGGAGCAAGUGCUUCGGUGGAGUUCAUUAGCUGAACCUGGCUCUGCUUACCUGGUGGUGAAGAAAUUCUUAACUGCUGACACAAUUAAACACUGCAGUGAAAUGAUGCAUGGAUAUUUAAAGUUCUAUAACCUUAAUACCAGGAAGAGUAGUAAACAUGACAAAAUGUUUUCUCUCAGUUCCGUGAAGUUUUACCGUGGAGUGAAAAAGAAAAUGAAGCCUCCAACAAGUUGGGGAUUGACCGCAUAUUCUGAGAAACAUCACUGGCACCUGUGUUGUGAUAGUUCACGAACUCAGACGGAGUGGAUGACCAGUAUCUUUAUUGCCCAGCAUGAAAAUGAUAUAUGGCCACCAGCUGGAAAGGAACGAAAACGUUCAAUAACCAAAAAUCCCAAAAUUGGAGGUUUGCCUCUGAUUCCAAUACAGCAUGAGGGGAAUGCAACCCUGGCCCGGAAAAAUAUCGAGAGUGCAAGAGCAGAACUUGAAAGGCUGCGGCUCAUUGAAAAGUGUGAUAAAGAGUCCGUGGACUCGAGCUUAAAGGAGAGAGCUUCUAUGGUGGCCCACUGCCUGGAGCACAAGGACGAUAAACUUCGAAAUCGAACCCGAAAGCAUCGGAGUUUCAACUGCCUGGAGGACACAGAGCCUGAAGCCCCACUCGGGCAACCAAAAGGCCAUAAAGGACUAAAGACAUUGAGGAAGACUGAGGACAGGAAUAGCAAGGCUACUUUGGACUCUGAUCAUAAGUUACCAUCAAGGGUAAUUGAAGAACUUAAUGUGGUUCUACAGCGGUCAAGAACCCUUCCAAGAGAAUUACAGGAUGAGCAGAUUUUGAAGUAGCAAAUAAAAUGAAUUGCUCCCCAGAUUAUUUUUUUAAUUAUUGUAUGCAAUCUUUAUGUGUAAAUCUGAAACUGAACUAUAAGAUAAUUCAUAAGAAUUUGCCUAUUGAUAGGCAAAUUUGUCUAUACUUAGGCAUUUAAGGAGCAUUUAAAAAUAUGUAUAUAUGUGAUUAAGUGUAAGAAUAACUUUAUUUUGGUCUGAACAAAGCUUGUAAAGUUCCAUUGUACUAACUUUGUGUAAGAAGACAAUGGGUUACUUAGGUGGUCAGCCCUUUUAAAGUAGUUAUCUGUUAGUGGUAUAAUUUAUGAGCAGAAAUCUCAAACUGUACUGUAUUGUAUAAAAUGCUGUGUUUAAAUGAAGUCUAAGAAACUAUCUGUAACAUAUUUUGCACUUUGAGAAACCUUGUAUAUUAAAUUACCAUAUGUUUUUAGGUUUACAGAGGGUCUACCUUAGGGAAAAGAAGGGAAGUAAAUUGAAAAGAGGGGGAGAAUGUAUUGUAGUGGUUGCCUAAAAAACACUGGAGCUUUUAAAAGAAGCAAGGAGUUAAAUGUCCUGCAAAACAAGGAAGUGAGCUAAGAUUCAUUCAAGUUCACUAAUGACCAGAACUUGUCAAUGAGAAGCCACUUGUUAAGAAAAAAGUCCGCUGUUUAUUUCCCAAGAGUAAUAUUCGGCCAACAGAUGUAAAUAAUAGCACUAGCCACUCUUAUUAAUAUUUAUAGUGUUGGAAAAUCAGCCACAUUAUAGAUUCACUACGUUUGAGCUCAUUGUUGGUGGCUGCUAAGAGGAAACUUACACUGCAUUGGAGAGGUUGUGUACACAGGACCUGGCCUGGAUGCUGAUUUCACUGUCGUUGUAUGCAAGCUUUUUUUUUUUUUUUUUUUUUUUUAAGAAUUUCUGACUAUACUUUUGGUACGAACAAAAUUCAUCACCGCAAGGUCCUGUUGUUCUGUUUGAUUUUUACGAGUUUUAUUAUUAUUUUAAGUAAGAUUAUAAUGUUUUUCUUUCAAUUCUCAGAAAUAACUGGAAGAAUACAAUAUUAUGGCCAUUAUGGAGCCGGGGGUAGUUGGUGGUUUACUGUACAUUUGGGGCUACUUGUUCACAUUUAAUCUAGGUGUUUUUUGUUUUUUGUUUUUUGUUUUUUUUUUAAAUAAAGGAGUGGUCUCUUCCCUGUACUUGUGAAUAAGGACAAAGCCCUAUUUUUGUUUCCACAUAAAGAUCAGCUACUGAAUUGGUGAUUUUCCUGACAGACAAUACUAUCUAAUCAUAGUUCAUGUUAGGGGAAGCAUUUUUCAUCAGUUUCUUUAAAAUUGGAUUAUGUUUGCUGAGUUUUGAUAUUUAACAUUAUUUUAUGUAGCUAAGCCUUUUUUUUUUUUUUUUUAGCAUUUCUUUUUUAUUCUUCAAUCUAUAUACACAGGCCCAUACUUCAGUCAGUCCAAUCAUAGUACAGUGAUGUGGUGGUAAAUGCUAUGAAUUUCUUCAUUGUAAAAUACAGAUCAUUUGUAUUUUGGGGUGAUAAAAUAGUUCACCAUUGGUAUGAGAUAUUUAUUCUUUAAAUCAAAGUAAAUUAGAAUUUUUAAAAAGCACAAAACUGCAGGACAGUUUAUGAAAUAGGUGGCACUAUUAGGGAAUCUUCCUUUAAGGCAAGAAAUCAUGUUAUUUAGAAAGAAAAACUAAUCUUAAACAUACUAUUUCUAAUAAAUAUUUAUAUUUUUAUGAAAUAAAAGGUAUGUGGACAUUAAUGUUUGGUGAUGUUGGACAGUGGAAAAGUAUCUAGAGUUUUUACCUGCCUUAUCUGAAUUUUUCUUGAAAUUUGAGCUUAAACUCUAAUAGCUGUUUCCCUUUCUAUUCUGAACAAUUGUCUCCAUUUUUCAAGUGUAAGAUAAGGGCUAAUGAUGACAUCUCAUUUAUUUUGAGUAAACAUUAAAAUUGUUUUACAAGUCUACU